UGAAAAAAUUGUCCAGGUUUACGUCAUUUAUGAGGAUGCAUCCCAUCUUUUAGACACGCCACGCUUAUUAUUCUGGACGAGCUUUUACUUUGCUCUACUAAAUUCCUCGCUGGAAAGAUUACUGUACUGAGUUUAUUUGACUCUUUUGAGUGAAGCGUUUUUUAUUUCUUUGUUGAUUUUAAGGCCACUCUUAAAACCUGCCAAAUAAGAUGAAGGUCCAUAUGAAGAAUGUGAAAUCGUCUCUGUUGGUUUUGUUCUUUCUACGGUCCUUCUGUGGUGUGUCUUGUGACGGAGUGAAGACAGUGAUGGAUGACAUUCAUAUAACUAAUAUCCCAGAUCCCAAAAUUUCCAGAGAUUUUCCACCAUGCAAAGAAGUUUCAAGGACGAAAUGUCUUGUUGCGUGUUCGGUGUCAAAUAUGGCACAAGGUCAGCUCUCGUGGUACAAUGGAAGCGUUUCAUUAUCCAGCUAUCCAGUUUCUGAGUUCAUCACUAGACUGUAUCUAGAGGUGGAAUAUCCUAAUAAAGACAUCUACAGCUGUGUGGUGUCCAGUUCAGGCCAUACUAAGACUACAUAUCUCGACAUUGCUUCAUCCUGUCAGUCAUGUCCAGAGAGAGCAAUAGCCGUGCCAGCGAGUGAAGGGGAUUCUGUGAUUUUACCAACCAACCUUACUGAAGUGCAGUAUGAGGAUCACAUAAUGUGGUUUUAUGAAAACAUUCUCAUUGCUGGACUGUUUGAAAACAUAUCAGCAUGCUAUGACUGUGAUAAAAGAUUUUUUAACAGACUGCAGCUGGACGGUCAGACUGGAUGUCUCACCGUCACCAACAUCAGUAAAAUCAACACUGGAAACAUGAAACUACUGAUCACUAACGGAACAAAUCAAGAAUGCCGUAGAUUUUAUGUUUCUGUUUAUGAUCCUUUGCCCACUCCGAUCAUCACCAAAGACUCAAAACAAUGUUCGUCAGCAUCAAAAUGUGUGUUGUUGUGUUCAGUGUUGAAUGUGACGGAUGUGACUCUCUCCUGGUACAAUGGAAGCAGGUCAAUCUCCAGCAUCAACGUGUCUGAUAUCAGAAGCAACUUUUUGUGUCUGGAGGUGGAUUAUCAGGAUACAAACAACUUCAGCUGUGUUGUAUACAAUAUUUUUUCCAACAAAAUGACACAGCUCAACAUGACUGAAUUUUGUAAAGCACCUUUGAAAAUUCCUCUUAUCUUUGGUGGUGUUAUUCUGCUUAUUGUUAUUAUUGGUGUCGUUGUCUAUUGCUGUUGGAAUAGGUUCCGAGGUCAAAUGGGGACGGCCAGACAGGACAUCAAAGACUAUGUACCUGAGGACAUACAUCUGUUGGAUCAGCCAGCAACAUCAUCAUCACAAGAGAAACUCAUCCCCAUAAAUCCCAAUUGCUGA